GCAGUCCUGUGUGCAGUCCUGUGUGAGUACAUGUACAUGUACAUGUAUAUACAGUGGUACUGUGUGUACCAGGGCGUGGCCCAUGAUUUAAAAAGCCAGUUUAUCCUGCAAACUGGCUUUUCCCUGUGGGAAUAGAGAAUUCCUAGGUUCUUGGUGAACCAGAUAGCUUGUUCUGUGUGAACAACAGUUAGCCAACUCCCAAGACUAGCUCACGGUCUACCGAGAGAGUCAGGAGGAAUAUUCGGAACCGAGUCCUGUGUGGACCGUCAGGCAUCGAGCCAGAUUCCAAGGCCCGGAGAAGUCACCCAAGUUCCCCAAGCCCGGAGUUCAUCCGCCUUAGUGGGAUCGUCAAAGCGCCGGAGGGAUGUUGUGUGUGUGACUGGUGCUCCAAAUCGACCACCCGUGUCACAAGUGUGAGCUUUGAACACAGCAAGUCCUUCAAAAGGUUUUGAACAGUGACUGUUUAGGGGGGGUAAUUGCAUUUGUUUUGGGGUAUUGGAAACGGCCGUGUAACACAUAAUACAGGAUCCUUAUAAUGCCAUGAUAUAAUUGAGUAUCCGUCACUCAAAGUAUAAGUAAUUCAUAUAGUGGCAUAAUUCAAUUGAAAUAAUUUGUACAUAGUAAAUUUCCGUUUGUUUAAUAUAUUUAUUUGUCGUAAUUAAAUAGUAUUUUGUCUUGAUCAUACACAUUUUGCCGUCCGGAGUUUGAUUUUCUGUCCUGCUAAUUUGUCAAAUAUAUCCACUACUGUCCUCCAUGGGAAAAACAGACCCAUGGUGUGACAAAUGGGGGCUUGUCCGGGAAUCGAAUGCGAAUUUUGUCGUAGUGGAUGUGUUUGACUGAAAUUAGUAGACAGUAAAAUUUAACCAGGGAAAUACACUAGUUGUAAAUAAGUUGCGUAGGUUCAAGUGGAGUAUAGAGACUCUGUUCAUGGGCUAUUGAUAGGGUCUGUCUCUGAUAUAGAAACCUAUGUCCUAGCCCCUUUGCUUCCUUUACACAGUGUGAUUGCGCUAAAUUGUUGAUCUAUUCAACCAAAGGGGACAAUUGUUCCUAUUGACAGAAGUGAUUUGAUUUUUUUGUGGCUUGUAGACAUUCUCACUCGAAAUUGUUGAUCGGUGCAGAGUUGCGUUGGUGAUCAUUUCGAUAGGGUCGAAUCGCGGACGCUGCGCAAAUACGGAAAGUGUCACGCAGGCGAAGUAUAGAGUGUUCAAUGUCCCAUAUGCAUAACUUGUGUAGUUCUGUACUGUUGAUCACUCUGUUGCUAAUUAACAUGGAGUUUGAGAGUUUUAUCAAGAUAGGACAGGAGAUAGGUCUUGAAGGAAUGGAGCUGGUCCAGUUUGCUCGUGAGCGAGAGCAAUUACAGGAAAAGAAACAGCGGGAACACUACGAGAGGGAAGAACGCAGAAUUGAACGGGAGGAGAAGCAACAGGUAAGAGAACAUGAACGUGAAAUGAAGGCAUACGAAUUGCGAAUAGUGCAGGAACAUGCCCCUGUUAGUUCCGACCCUGGAGCUUCAAGUACAUUUAGGUACCCUCGAAGCUCUGCGAAAACCCCCAAACUUCCUUGUUUUAAUGAUCAAACAGAUGACAUGGAUGCCUACCUCCGACGAUUUGAACAGUUUGCGGAACUGAACAGUUGGCCUGAAGAAGAGUGGGGCCUGUCACUUAGUGCCCUUCUCAAAGGUAAAGCUUUGGAAGUGUUUUCAAGGUUACCAGUAGAAAAGGCUAAGGAUUUCUCAGAGAUUAAAACUGCUCUUUUGAAUCGUUUCAGACUAACAGAGGAAGGAUUUAGGCUGAAGUUUAGAACAUCAAAGCGGGAAACUGGUGAGCGAUACGCUCAGUUUGCUGACCGGUUGAAAGGAUACGUGGAAAGGUGGGUAGAGUUAGGGAAAAUAGAGAAAUCUUACGAUAAGGUUGUAGACCUUUUUGUUUCUGAACAGAUCCUGGAAGUGGCAGACAAGGACCUCGCACUCCACGUGAAAGAACGGAAGCCGAAGGACCUUGCCGAACUGACGGACAUCGCUGACCACUACAUGGAGGCUCAUGAUUGGUUGAAGAAGAAACCAGAUGUGGUGAGACCAAAAACGCACCCACCUAGGUACCAAUCCCAGACCACAGGUAAGAGUAACAGUCACAAAAGUUCACCCAGUCCAAAUGAAAAUUCACAUGCAAACAGACGAUGUUACAAAUGUGGUAAAACUGGCCAUAUUGCUCAGUACUGUAGAACCAAUCCAGCUAAUGCCCAACCGUCCAGUAAGUCCAACAAAGUUGCAGGUUUGAAGGUGGAAACUGAAAGUAAGGAACCAUCCCAGACUGGAGCUGCCUGCCUGAACAUGACAGUGACGCCGACGGAGGAAGUUGAGAAGACUGAUGUCCCGCAGGCUAGUGACAAGGCAUUUCCAUUCAUCAGUGCUGCAUGUACCAUUGAGCCAUCCAUGCCGGUGAGGAAAGGAGUAGUUGGUGAGUUACCUGUAACAGUCCUCAGAGAUACAGGGUGUAGCACAGUUGUUGUCCGUAGAGACAUAGUUCGUGAUGACAACUUGACAGGUCGCAUUCAACCAUGUAUCCUUUUAGAUGGAACAGUCCGGCGAGUGCCAGUGGCCCAGAUAGAUGUGAAUACUCCCUUUUUCAUUGGGCACGUUGAAGCUUUAUGCAUGGAUAAUCCAUUGUAUGAUUUGAUUAUUGGAAAUGUGACAGGAGCAAGAGAUCCACAAAGUCCAGAUGAGUCUUGGCAGCCUCCUUCAUCUCAGAGAGUGAAAGUGGAGACAGCAACGACCGUGACAGAUGAGAAACCAGGUGGUGCAGUGGAAACUCGUGGUAUGAAGGUUCGGAAGGAGAGGGCUUUCCAACCACUAGUGGUGAUGGAGACUGAUGGGGAGACGGUGUCAAAAGAGGAGAUUUUGUUGGCACAACAACAGGACCCUACUCUGGCUAAGUUGUGGAAGCAUGUUGACAACCAAGACCCACCCCGUGUGUCUGGUAAGGCUAAUGUUUCGAAAUAUGUCAAGCAUAGAGGUCUGUUGUACAGAGAGUUUCAGUCCCCUAAAGUCGACAGAGGUAGAAUCAUAAAGCAGCUGGUAGUUCCUCAGAAGUAUCGGGGUAAGGUGUUGAAGCUUGCUCAUGACUCCCCUCUAGCUGGUCAUCUAGGUAUCAAGAAGAAGACUGAUAAAUUGUGUUUGAGUUUUUACUGGCCAGGAGUUUCUGGUGAUGUGCAGAGGUACUGCAGGUCAUGCGACAUCUGCCAGCGGACAGUGUCAAAAGGACGAGUUGGAAAGGUGUCACUGGGAGAAAUGCCACUGAUUGAUACCCCCUUCAAGCGUAUAGCCGUUGAUCUGGUGGGACCCAUACAUCCAAUAACCGACCGAGGUAACAGGUAUAUUUUGGUGGUGGUGGAUUAUGCAACGCGGUACCCCGAGGCUGUAGCUCUUCCUCGAAUAGAGUCUGAGAGAGUGGCGGAAGCCUUGCUGGAGGUAUAUUCAAGGUUGGGGAUUCCACAAGAGGUACUGACAGAUAUGGGAACCCAGUUUACAUCUGAGGUCAUGAGGGAAGUGGGAAGACUACUGACGAUCAAGCAGCUCACUACGACCCCCUAUCAUCCCAUUUGCAAUGGCUUAGUUGAGCGAUUUAACGCUACCUUGAAGAAAAUGCUGCGACGGAUGUGUGCAGAAAGGCCAAAGGAUUGGGACAGGUUUCUUCCGGCUUUGUUGUUUGCGUACCGAGAGGCUCCACAAGAAAGCUUAGGAUUUUCUCCCUUUGAGCUGAUGUACGGCAGGUCGGUGAAGGGACCUCUCUCCAUCCUACAGGAUAUCUGGUCAGAGGACACGGUAGAUGAAGACAUCAAAACUACCUACCAGUAUGUUGUUGAUAUGCGUGAGAGAUUGCAGUCUACCUGUGAGCUGGCAAGAGAUGAAUUGGCGAAGGCGUCAAAACGGUACCGGAGGUACUACAAUGCCAAGGCCCGUGAUAGGCGAUUUAGAGCAGGAGACAGGGUUCUUAUUUUGAGACCAACUGAUCACAACAAGCUGUUAAUGCAGUGGACAGGUCCAUACCCGGUAGUGAGACAAGUUGCGAAGCAUGACUACGUGAUUCAGGUAAGAGACAAAGAACGGACCUACCAUGCCAACCUCUUAAAGCUGUACGUGGAACGAGGUCGGUCUGAUGAAGUCACCCAGGUUGAGGUGUUGGCUAUGGCAGGAGUUGGGUUUGUUGUGGAGGAUCCAGAUGAGGAAGAUGGGUUGGAUGAAGUUGUUCUCCCGCCGGUAGAGGCAAAGGAAGACAUGAGUGAUGUUCAUCUUGGGGAAAACUUGGACGAUGCUCAAAGAGCCGAUGUUGAUGAAAUUCUGCAGCGGUACACACCGGUUCUCACUGAUUUGCCAGGUAAGACUCACAUUAUUGAACAUACAGUUCAUCUUACCACAGAUGUUCCCAUAAGGUCAAAACCCUACCCCACACCCCAAGCUACGCGUGAAGUCAUCAAGAAAGAGAUCGACUCAAUGCUGAAAUUAGGAGUCAUUGAACAUUCGGAGUCACCUUACGCUUCUCCUAUAGUUUUGGUAAGAAAACCCGAUGGCUCUAAUCGUUUUUGCAUUGAUUACAGGAAGAUAAACAACAUCACUGUUUUCGAUCCAGAGCCCAUCCCGAAUGCUGAUGAUCUGAUGGCAAGGCUUGGGACAGGAAAGUUCUUUUCCAAAUUAGAUUUAUCUAAAGGGUAUUGGCAGGUGCCGAUUGCAGACGAGGACAAGAAGAAGACAGCAUUUGUGACAGCUGAAGGGUUGUACCAGUUUAGAGUGUUGCCAUUUGGCAUGGUGAACGCUCCAGCGCUCUUCUCUAGGAUGAUGAGAAAGCUGUUACAAGGACAAGAACAUGUCAUUAAUUAUAUUGAUGAUGUUUUGAUUUAUACAGAUACAUGGGUUAGACAUCUACAGGUACUGAAGGAAGUUCUGCAAAGAUUGCAAACAGCAGGGUUGACGGCACGACCUUCAAAGUGUUACAUUGGUUGCAAAUCUCUUGAAUUUCUAGGUCACAUCGUUGGAAAUGGAGUGCUGAGACCACGACCAGGCAAGGUGGAACAGAUAGUUCAUGCUGCGAGACCGGUGAGUAAGAAAGAAGUAAGAUCAUUCAUAGGACUGCUGAGUUACUACCGGAAAUUUGUGCCUAAUUUUGCCGCCAUUGCUGCCCCGUUGACUGACCUGACCAGAAAAGGUGCACCAAAUAGUGUGCAAUGGGGAGCAUCGCAAGAGCAAUCAUUCAGAACUCUGAAAUCCCGUCUAGAAUCAGAGCCUAUUCUGAGUCUUCCAGAUCCUGAUAAGCCCUAUAUUCUUGCGGCAGACGCCUCUGAGGUAGGAAUAGGCGCAGUUCUGAUGCAAGAGCGCGAUGGUACAAAGCACCCAGUAAGCUAUGCGAGUAGGAAGCUGCUGCCGCGUGAACGCGCGUACUCGACAAUUGAACGAGAAUGUCUCGCGCUAGUUUGGGCGAUCUCCAAAUUUCACAUAUAUUUGUAUGGCAGAGAGUUCGUAUUGGAGACAGACCAUCACCCAUUGUCAUACUUAACCAAAGCCAAGGUUAACAACAAUCGAGUGAUGAGGUGGGCCCUCAGCCUGCAACCAUAUAGGUUCAUCAUUAGAGCGAUUAAAGGUUCACAAAAUGUAGGACCAGACUUCCUCAGUAGAUGUACGAUGUAAAUACAUGUAGACACUAGUAUGUGACAAGUUCUGUAAAUUACUGAUUUCCAGAGAUGAUGAUAAAUGGUGUGUAUCAUCUUAAGUGAUGUAGAUGUACGAUGUAAAUACAUGUAGACACUAGUAUGUGACAAGUUCUGUAAAUUACUGAUUUCCAGAGAUGAUGAUAAAUGGUGUGUAUCAUCUUAAGUGAGGGGCUGAUGUCACAAAGUGUGAUUCAUAUUUUUAAAUAAUGUUUCAAUUUUUGUAUUUAUCAUUGUGUUUAUUAAUGUAAUUAAUUAUGGGAUUUUCACUUAUACAUUUAUUUUAGCACAAGUUAAUUUAAUU